GCCGCAGUAGUAAGACGUCAACGCAACCGCGAAAUUCAACUGUAAACUUGUUUUGCGUUACCGUAAACUCAACCUAUUUUACCUGUUUCUGGGAUCCUGUAAUGCCAAAUGGAGAGUUGCGUAGUUCGCCAUCGAAUUCGAUGUAUUUUUUAGUGACACUGUCUGCAGGAUAAAGUGAAUGAUGAUGGAGAGUGUCCAGGGACUUCAUCCGCGCUCUUCAUAUUUUCCGCCUCCUCCGUCUAAACAUCCUAGCAGCAACAAGCAGAAGCCUUCAAUUAAACAAAAUGUCUUCAAAUUUCCUUUGACCAAGAAUAUUCUCUGGGACCAAACUCCAAUAGGUUCUUCGAUCAAUCUUCAUCCAAUGUACAGGAGGAAUAUAUCUCUAUGCGUAUCUGAAGCAGCAGUACGGCUAGCUCACAGGCAUGCCCUUCAAGCUGAUAGUCGACCAUAUCAUGGAUUCUUGGUUGGAACAAUCACGGUAGAUCCAGAUGAAGAAGGCUUGACCGUGUCUUUAGAUCGUUUUGAUCCUGGACGUGAUGUUCCUGGUCGUAACACCCGUCUUCCGACCGCUAAGCUACCAGCUGAUUUUGUUGUUCCUCUGACAACCUUCCUAGGGGAUGCUGACAUAUCAGCUACGCACACAUCAGAUGAUUUCAUUGCUGCAUUCAAGCUUCUUGAAAGCAGUCUAACCACUCAUGGAUCGGUUGACCCUGCCAAAUAUUUGACCCUUCGUGCCCUAUGUCGUUGCCAUAGCAAUACAGAUGACAUCACUCUCGGUCUUCAUUUUGGAGCUGUGUCAGUGUCAACUUCCUUUACUGGCUGUCCUGUGAAGUCCAUUCCUAUCAUUCCAACUGCUUUAGCCAGAAAUCUUAUGGGUCCCUUGUCUUUGAGUGAUGUCCAAGGCUCGUACAAAACAGGAUUUCUAAGCAUGGAUGAGACAAGGAAACUACUGCUUCUUCUUGAAAGUGAUCCUAAGGCCAGUACGAUACCUCUUGUUGGCAUAUGGUUGAGUGGUAUAACUCACAUGUCUAAUCCAGUUGUGUGGUCUGCCUGUUUACGUUAUCUCCAUAGUAACGGCAUACAAGAAAGAGUUUCUUCUCCGAAUGGUGGAUUUCUUGUGGUUAUGUUUACUAGUACAUCCCGCCAUCCUCUCUUCUAUGAAUGCAUGGUGAAGUCUGAUCAAGAACCAAGGUUUAUGCUGGUGGGCUGUAGGGAAAACCUUCAUGUGUUCAAGCAUGCUAGUGCUAAGGGGAAACCCCCAGUAGAGAUGGAGCUUACACCAGCUCGUAGUGGGCCCAGUAAGUCUCUAUUCAUGCAGUCUCUAUCUCGGCUGACUCACAAACAUCGUAGGUCGAGUAAUAGUAGAAGAAAGAGCAGUGCUGCCGAUAGCAUGUCAACAGAAGAAUCUCAUCUGAUGCCCAGACCAAGUCCGAAGCCUAUAUUAGAUAAGAGCCCUUCAGUAAUGCCAUCAGUUCCCGAGCUCUCUUUCAUAUCUGACAGUUUCUGUGACCCGUCUGACCAUACAACCACUAACCAAGGCUCUGCUGAUAUCCAUCCUAAACAUAAACCUGACCACCGUCCUGUUCACAGGCAACGUCUUGGUGGUCAGAGUGAGGAUUCUCGCAUGACAAGACUUCAUGGUACCUCAAAAACUCCUCUCUCAGGACAACAUCCUCCAGGAAUGAAAGGAACUGAUCAGAUUAAAAGGCAGAAUCGACCUGGUCCACUUCGACCUCUGAAUGGCCAAGAAUUGGAAAAUGCCAGAAACAAAGCAGGUCAUAGUGCUGAAACACAAAAUGCAGUUAAAAGAACAAAUCAAAUGAAGAGCAAAGUUCAGUCUUCAGGCUAUGGCCUUCAUCAAAGACAUACUAAUAGACCUAACAAAGGAAGACCUUCUGUAUCUCAUGGUGGUCAAGAGAGAUCAUCAGUACGUAGUCUGCAGCAACAGUCAAAUAAGAAACCAGUACAGGGGCCAAAAUCUUCUGAAGAUGAAGUCGAAAGGAAUGUCCAAUCAUCUUACAAUCAGAAUCAGCCUUUGCAACAAUCAGGUGAUGUUCACUCGGUUAUUACCGACAAUGUCCUCCAAACCCAUCAGCCAGACACUCUCAACAUGUAUCACCACUCACCAAAUGUCCAGCAUGCAAAUGCAUAUGGAUAUUCUAACAUACCCUCUGAAGGCUAUAACACCCUGCCAGAAUGUAUUCCAUCUGAAGGAGAGUUCUAUGCUGAUGCUUCUCAUCAACAAGGUGCUGUAACAACUGAUUUUCCUUCUGAAUGUUCACCAAAGACCACCUCCAUCCAAGGCCACCCACAACCAUUGGCCACAGCCCCUGAAGGACUUGUACCAUCGCAUGAUCAGACUCGGCACAUUGAAGGUGUGACUGCUGAGAAUGUGAAGGACAAUGAAGCCAGAAGUGAUGCUGGUACAAUGGGAGGUACGUCAAAAGAACUGUCUGGUAUGGACACCCGGACAAUGGAACAACUAAAGAGACAAGAGGAGAUGAUUCAACAGCUACAGGAACAGAUUAAAAUGCUUCUUCAAGCACACAUACCCCAGCCUCCUACACCUUCACCACUGGGACUGUUCACACCUCCUGCUACUCCCCAAGGGGCUCAUAACCUUAUGUGGGAAUCACCUGGUCACAACGUUCCUCCUGGUACAGGUUCACACCAUUCCAAUCCUGGAAUCAACCCUCGGUCUCCAUCUUUGGGUUUGUCCUCUCCCAAAGGACUUCAUGUGAGAGGUACACGUGAUCCUGCGUGUGCAGCUCCUGCCAGUCCUGUAUCUACCAGAACUGCUACAACAUCCACAGGGCUCCCCUUGCCAAGCCCUGUGAUGUGUAGCAUGGCUGUGAACACUGGUCAGAGCUUGUUCUGCUCUACACCUUUGGAAUCUGAAUUCCCUGGUUCAUCUCCUGUUCAGUCUGACCCCAAGGAUGCCAGAUAUCCAUCCAUACCUACUCCUGGAUCUGCAGCUAUGCCUGCUCCAGAGUCUACCUCCACCCCUGUAGGUACUCAACCUGAUGAUGUCAAGGGGCUUCACUCUCAUACCCUUCACCAGACUGGGAGAAUGGUGGAGACGGUAGAUAGUGUCAGCAUCGGCAGUUGCCCAGAGCCUUCUGGAACAUCAUCACGUUCACCUCCAACAAGUGAGCAACACACCCCAAGACAGAGCCCAGAUAGGAGCCCGGAUGAUUCAACCCACACCUAUGGAGCCAAUCUUAGCAGCCCCACCCUAGGGGAGAGCGCUAGUACCUAUGCUCCACCCCGUCCUCAAGUGUCAGAUGAAGAGAGCAGCGAUUCUGAUGAAGAAGAUGAAAAGAGAGAUACAGAGGAAAAAAAGGGAGUCGACAUGGCAAGUCCAAGCUUACUGUAUCGGGAUGAGAAAAGAUUCUAUGAUAAUCUACUGGGUCAGGUUCAAGAAUUGUUGCAUUCUGAUAGCACUGACCAGCCUCCCACAUCAGACCCUGUGCCUUCAGAUGAACCUGAUCUGCCUAGGGCCUUGCCUGACAUAUCAAUGGCUACCUUAGAUGAACUGCAGAAGCUUGGUAUCAACUUUAAUAGCACUGAUAUCACCAUCACAGACAGGUCACUGUAUAGAUCACUGUACAAUGUGAGUCCUGAUCUUCAUCCUCAAAUCAACUAUGUCUCGCUGGCAGAUUUCACCUUUGACCCCUCGGACCUGAGCAUGGAGGCCAAUGCCAUCGCCAUGAAGUAUCUCAGUGAUGGUGAACUAGCCAAGAUGUCUGCUGGUUUCCAGGGUGACAGGACACCGGGAAAAAGAGGUGGAGUGAAUCCACUUCUACGAUCGGUUCUUACUGGUAUCCGAGAAGAUGGUGGCGCUGGCGGCAGAGGGGGUGAUGUGGAUUCGAGCAUCGGCGUCAAUAUGUCGUUAGCGAGUCGUAAAUACAUGGAGAAGUAUGGGUUGAUGAAUGGAUGUGAGGGUGCAGUGCCCUGUGCUGAUUCCGCAUCGCCAAGAGGGGUUGGACACAUAGCGAAGCCAUCGCCAGUACGCUUCAUGAAGUCCCCUGCUGUUGCCAGAACUAACUCACCUAAAGAAGGAACAAUUGAAGCCAAGCGUGGCUACAAAUCUAAACCAACCAAACUAUCAUACAAUCUGACACCUCCGAAAGACAUCAUUACUGAUCAGUCAGAAGGGAUUGAUACCCCAAGAACCGGAAAGGUCACUCCAGACAGUAAGCCUACAAAUGUACUAGGACACCUGAGGAAGGGAGAUAAGGAGCCUCGUAUACCUGUAACUGGGGAUGAUAAGGACAAGGGAAACAUUUUGGACAUCAGCAAACUGAAACAGCUUCCAAAGCUCUUAUAGCUUGCAAUGUUGUAACUGGGUAUAUGAAUAGAGAACGAGCCAAUUAAAUUUCUAGGCCAAAGUGAGUUGAAUGUGGGGAAUUGUUCCGUAUACAUGAUCCCAUCUUGUGAAUAAUUCACAUCCUGGAAUUCCAGCCCUGAAUGACAGAAACACUGACGACAACAACAAAAAUAAUUUUGCUAUAUUCUUUAUUCACUUGAAAUGAAUUGUGAAUGGACUUGUGUCAUUCUUGUAUUUGUAAUCUUGUUGAAUUUAGGAUCCACUACUCUUUUCUUAAAAUUGGGUGUAAUCUGUGUUUAUCUAUAAGCACACAUUUCUAAGUCAAUAAUGUUAUUAUUGAAUGUAUGCUUUAAGGCCAUUGCACACCUUACGACUGGUCCACGAUCCGAUUUUUGGAACAAAUCAUGUUUUGCUUAUUUUCUGAAAAUGUGAAUGAAAAGUAUCAUUUUAUUUGAGGUUCAAAUUAACUGAAAUAAUACUAAUUUAACAAUUUGGGAUGAUUGCAAGCCAUUAUAAAGAGCAAAUUACUUUCAAAUUGUAGCCAAUUGUACGAUUGCUAUGACGUCAUUACGACUAGAUGUUAAAUUCGCUUUUAUUCUAAGAAGGAUGAUAGAUUAGUCACAGAUUUGAACAUUGUUAUUCGUACAUUGAUUUAAAACAUAACACAGUAAGAUAUAAUAUUCCAUGUCUCAAUAAUAGCGUCAACUUCUAUUACGUUUUAUUCCAAAAUCGGGUCGCAGACAAAUCGUAAGGUGUGCGGUGGCCUUUACAUAUUCAUGACUGCACAUAAAUUAUUAUAUUAUAUAUCUAUUUAUGUACAUUCUGUCAGUUGUGGUAAAUGUGGUUUAUACAUGAAUGUGACUAUAUUUUGUAAAUUGUUAGUGUUUAGAAAUGAUCUCUACUAUAUAGAGAAAUAGAGAGAGAUUAAAGUGAUAGUAAAGUGUAAACUACUACUACUACUACUAGUACUUCCCAAUACUAAGAUAUAGUUUAAAAUGGUUGAGCGUUUGACAGUACACCAAUGAAAAAGACUGAACAUUUGAUGAGGUAAAUGUGUAACUCAAAUGAAAUUGUAAUGAAAAAGUGUAACUUUUCAAUGAAAUGGUUUUGAGAAAAACUCAUAAUAAAAUAUCUAAUUAGCUAAAAAAAAAAAUGACAUGAUAAAUGUAAUUCAUCAGUUGAGUCGUCUUUUAGUGAGCACACAUUAAACACAUCUAGUGUAAGAUUGUUUUACUUUCAAAAUGAGUAGACUAUUUUCAUCUCAUUGUGUGUAAAAUUUGGCAUUUCUUGUUAUUAAUUUCAAAUGUGUGCACAUGACUCAAUCAUGAUAUUGAAUUUAUCUCUUAUUUCUUUUUCUUUUUCUUUUUACAAUUGACACCACUUGUUUGAAGGCUUUUUUUUUCAAUAAUCUGGAUGAAUGUAGCAAGUCUACAUUUAGGAGUGCUAAACAUAGAAAAUACCCCCUAAGACAAUUCUCUUUAUCCCAAGGGCAUGGUAAAAAAGCUGUAUGUGA